ACAAAUGGGCAGGCGUUCAUUGAAAUAUGAAUCUUUGAACCCAUAAUAAAGCUAUAUAUAUAUAUAUAUAUAUAUAUAUUAAAAUGAACUGACAACAUAUAGUUCUAUACACAUAAAAACAAACACAAAAUAAAAAUCCACCAAUAAACAUCACAAAAGUCCACAGAUAAACGUCACGCACAGUCACAAAUAACUAAGAGUAUACUUACAAAAGCAUAUCAAAUAUAUUUACAUCUUUAAAAAUAGGGCAAAAUCAAUACAUGUUUACGAUACAAAUUUAUUAUAUUUUAAAUAAAAACACAUAAAUUAUUCUAAAAAAUAAAAAGUAGUCAUAAGUGAAUUACAUAUUGUAUAGGAAACAAACUUCCUAAAAAAAGUAAGAGCAGAAGUGGUAAUAUUUUUACAACUUACAAAGUACACUACAAAAAAAAAAUACUAGCAAAGUAUUUAAUUGUAAUUUUUAGUUUCGGAAUUACAUAAAUAAUUAAAAUUUUUGUAUUAUAAUUGUAACUUGAAAUAUUUAGACCACAGUGGUUGUAUGUAUACUAUUCGCUCAUUGGCAAAUAAAUUAAUUGAAUUUAAGAAAAAACAUAACCACGAAAUUGGAAUCCAUUUUUUUUAAUAUUAAGAUAAACAUAAUCUAUAAUAAAAAUAACAAAAGAUACAAAUUAAGAUCAACCAUCAUUAUACAUAGUACAAGUCAGAUUAAAAACAUAUAAAUUAACUCUUACGAGUCCAAAAAAUGGAUUCACUACAAAACCACUGAGUUUUAGCAGAAUGUACACCACAUGUUGAUCAUCUAUGACGCAUAACCGAUUUAUAUACUUCUCUUCCAUAUCCUAGAAUUGCACAACUGCAAUGAAAAAUAUAGUAAUAUAAACAUAUCAUACGUGAAGCAUAUCCCGCGCGAAGCGCAGGUAGCCCCUAGUAAUAAUAUGUAAAAAUCAUUUGUAUACAUAAUGUUCAUCCCGCACAAGAUGUGGAUCUUAACCUAGUCAUAUAUUAGUUUUUGUGUAAUACAUCUAUACAAACAUGGAUCAUUUUUUAUGUUUUUCGAACUCAAAAAUAAAUCAUAUCACAUCUGUCUUUUGAAAUUUGGACUAUAUAAUUUGGCGGCUUUUCAUAAAUCAAGAUUACAUAUGGAAAAUAUGGUAUAUAUGAAAAACUAGAAAUUACAAAAUUCAUUUUUAACAUUUGAUUAGAUCCUUAUGAGAUUUUUAAGAGAACAGAAACAUAAUAAAUGGUAUGGAAAAGAAAAUUGUCUAAAAUUAAUACUAGGAAGUUUACGAACCAUGGUCAAGGGCAUAAAACAUAUAAAUUCUCUUGAAAUAUAUAUUUAUUUUUUUAUUAAGUAUAAUAUUUUUUUGUAAAAUAUUAUACAUUAUCUUUAAUUGGUUUGUGGCAUCACGUAUCAACACCAGCACACCUCGUUGAACAAACUUCCCUAUGCCACUCGUGAAAUGAUCUCUACUUGGGUUCCCCUAUGCAUACCUUGAAGCUUUGAGAGUGGCAUUGAGCCAUGGUGUUAUGUGCAGUAUUGUCUUAGAUUUGUUAGUAUGGUUGGAGGAGUAGCUCUAUUUGAAAGUGGGAUGUGAAUAAAACUGGAUCAAUAAUUUUGUAGACCUUCGGGCAAAAGAAUUUUUAGGACCUUUAAAUUAAUAUUAAUUUAAAGUUUUGAGUAAAAAUAUAUUUAAAAGAAAAAUAUUUGGUGAAAUUUUUUGAUGAAAACAAAAAUAUAUUCAAAGAAAAUAUUUUUGUACCUUUAUUUUUUUUUUAUAAACUAAAUAUAUUUAAAAAAAGACUAGACCCAAAUGCAGGGAACAUCAAAUUGUUUGGAGGAAUUAGAAAUUCAACAUAUACACAGUUAUAAGUUUAUUUGUGAGAUUGUGUGUUCGUGUUUGGAGUAGAUUUAUUGUUUGCUUUGGACAUGAUCUUCAUAUCAGUGUGUAUUUUUUGGAGGAAUUAGAAACUUGAGUUCUCGCAUAUGUUGAUCUAGAUAUUGAGUUUUUUCCUGCUUGAAGUGGUUUAUAUUUAUUCUUAGCCUCAGUUAAGUUACUAAUAUCAAACACAGUAAAUGUACCUUCUAUUUUUUUUUUUUUUUGGUUUAUUGUCUAACAAUAUUCAUGACUAAAAUUUAUUAUAAAACUUAAAAUAGAAAACAGAGAAGAUGAGGCACUACAACAAAUAUAGGUAUUGAUAGCAGAUUAUAAUAGCACAAAUUUCGUAACUGCUAUGGAAAGGUAAUUAGAAGCCUGGAUAAGAAAUAUAUAGCAUUUUACUUAUGCUAUGCCGAAAAAUCAGUUAAACGAGAUUAAAAACUUAGUAAUCACCCAAGUUUAUACACUUAGCGGCAACACUUAGAAAAUAAAGGGGGUUUUCGCGGCCAACAUUUCUCAAUUUACUUUUCAUAGCAUUAGAAAAAAAAAGAAAAGGGGUUCUCGUUUUCUCCGUCUUCUCUUCUUCUCCAGAUCGAGCUCAACGCUCUCUCCACCAUCUCCAACUCGAUUCCUCGUCGCUCACCAACAUUAAUCUCUUCGCUCAUCCUAACCGAGUCUCCAAUUCGAUUCAGCCAUCAUCAUCUCCGAAUUCAAAGUGAAUCCUUAAUGCUGUGAUUAGUUAGGUUUUGAUUUUGUCGAUUGAUUCAAGUUCUGAAAGUAGAUAGGUUUUGGCUGCUCAAUGCUGUGAUAAUUAGUUAGGUUCUUGGUUCAUAUUUGUUUCCAUUAAUCCUAACAGAGUCUCCAAUUCGAUUCAGCCAUCAUCAUCUCCAAUUUCAAAUCCGAUAUUCUAAAUUGAAAGUGAAUCCUUAAUGCUGUGAUUAGUUAGGUUAUGAUGUUGUCGAUUGAUUCAUGUUCUGAAAGUAGAUAGGUUUUGGCUGCUCAAUGCUGUGAUAAUUAGUUAGGUUCUGGGUUCAUAUUUGUUUCCAUUAAUCACAGUUUUUUUUUUUCGCAGGUGUGGGUUCGUGUCUUCACAAUCUUGCGUCUUCUAUCUUCUGUGGAGGUUAGACACAUCUAUUAACUUAUUCUCAUUUUGUAAUCAUUUGUAGACUUUGUAGACAUUGCGUUUGUUGUUUGCGGUUACCACUUUGAAGUGUAAUUUAUAUUGUCAUUGCUGCUUGAACCAUGUACGCUUGUUUGAACUGUGGCAAGGGUCUUAACAAUGUUGGACAAGUCAUGGGUGCAUUUAUGUAGGUAUGUACAUUUGUUUAAGUGUUCAGUUUAUGCAUUUCCUCUUAUCAUAACUAUUUUUUUUUUUUGACAUGAGCUUAAGAGUUGAUUCUGCAUAUGAGAGAGGUGCGAGGAGUUUUGUCAAUGAUGUUACGGCUAAGUUAUGAGUUAAUGAGAAGAUUGUAUGUCCAUGCGCCCGAUGUCGUAAUCUAGAUCGCCAUACAAGUGAGGAGGUUGUCUCUCAUUUGGUUAUAAAUGGAAUGGAUGAUGCUUACAAGGUACGGUCGGAUUGGUUUCACCAUGGAGAUGGUAACUCAGUUGAUGUAGUGGAAGUUAAAGAUAGAUGCUGGAAUGCUGAGAUCCUUAGUUUAUAUGAAGCCGCAAACUGCUUAGCUGAGGAUUUAGCCAUUCGGGGGUCAGAGUUGCAUAAGUCAGUUGAGGGUGAGGAUAGGAAAGAAGAUGAGUUUUUAGCAAAACUUGCAGAGGCUGAAACCCCCUUGUAUCCAACGUGUUCGAGUCAUAGCAAGCUAUCAGCUGUAGUUUCAUUGUUCAGGAUUAAGUCUCGGAAUGGGUGGUCAGACAAUAGCUUUGAUGACUUACUGCAAACUUUGCCGAACAUGUUACCUGAAGACCAUACUGCACACAUCAACUUAUGAUGUCAAGAAGUUUUUGAAAUCUUUUGAUAUGGGAUAUCAAAAAAUUCAUGCUUGUGUGAACGACUGCUGCUUAUUUAGAAAGAAGCUGAAGACGGCUGAGAGUUGCCCAAAAUGCAAGGCGUCUAGAUGGAAGACCAACAUGCAUACUGGUGAAAUCAAGAAGGGUGUUCCACAGAAGGUUUUGAGAUACUUUCUAGUAAUACCUCGCUUGAAAAGGAUGUUCAGAUCGGAGCAACUUGCAAUGGAUUUACGAUGGCAUUUCAAUAAAAAGAGCACAGAUGGGAAACUGCGUCAUCCAGUAGAUUCUGUUACUUGGCAGUCAAUGAAUGACAAGUAUCCGGCGUUCGCAGCGGAGGAGAGGAACUUGCGACUUGGGCUUUCAACAGAUGGGUUUAAUCCAUUCAGUAUGAAGAACAGCCGAUACAGUUGUUGGCCUGUAUUACUGGUGAAUUACAACAUGGCUCCUCACCUAUGUAUGAAGGAGGAGAACAUAAUGCUCAGUCUGCUGAUUCCAGGACCCCAUCAACCGGGUAAUAGUAUUGAUGUAUACUUAGAACCUCUGAUAGAAGAUUUAAAACAUCUGUGGUGCAUAGGCGAGUUAACAUACGAUGCAGUUAGUAAGACAACCUUUACGCUUAAGGCAAUGCUUCUUUGGACUAUUAGUGAUUUCCCCGCAUAUGGGAAUCUUGCUGGUUGUAAAGUGAAGGGUAAGAUGGGUUGUCCUAUAUGCGGGAAGCACACAUAUAGUUUGUGUCUGAGUAAUAGUAGGAAAUUUGUAUUUAUGGGCCACCGGAAAUGUUUGCCUCCCUUACAUAGUUUCAGAGGAAAGAAGACUUGGUUUGAUGGGAAAACUGAACACGGGACAAAGGGAAGGAUACUGACGGGUAGGAAUGUCUCAUUUGUCCUGAGAAAUUACAAUAAUGUGUUUGGUAAUAGAAAACAGUCUGGGAAAAAGAGAGCUACUCGAGUUGACAUACCAUCUGAUAACGAGGAGGAACUAAGUGAAUCUGAUGAAGAUGAAGAUAUAGGAGAGAAAGACGAAGAGGAAUUGUCUAGAUGGAAGAAACGUUCGAUUUUUUUCUCAUUUCCUUAUUGGGAGGAGCUACCUGUUCGACAUAAUCUAGACGUUACGCAUGUGGAGCGGAAUGUGGCUGCAAGCUUGAUUGCCACAUUAUUACAUUGUGGCAAUUCAAAGGAUGGUCUAAAGGCUAGAAAGGAUCUUGAAAGUCUUGGUAUCAGGAAGGAUUUGCAUACAAAAGCUCAGGGUAAAAGGACAUUACUCCCAGCAGCUCCAUGGUCUUUGUCAAAGUCAGAGAAACUCACAUUCUUUAAGCGGCUCUUUGAUUUUAAAGGGCAAUGGGUAGAGGAAUGAGUGUGAGCAGACUUGCGUUGUUCGGCUUGAAGAGCAAGCAAAUGACUGAAAUGCAACAUACAUAAGUUCAGUUGAAGCAGCAGGUCCACGAAUUACAAGAGGCUCUUGCAAAAAUGAAUAGUCGAGUAAGUGUUAAAGAUUAACUGUCCUUUGGUUAUUGUUUUUUGCAAAAUGGUAACCUAAUUUUUAUGUCUAUUUGCAGCGGUCAGACUCGGAAGUGGGUGAAAAUUCACCACCAUCAGUAAGUUCUUCUAGGUUAACUAUUUUUUGCUGAACUUGAACGGAAUGUAACAGUUUUGUUGAUUAAUAUUUGUAGAGUGUAAACAAAAGGUUUCCACAGCCUAAGUGUAUUCUAUACGAUUGGUGUGACAAGGAAUCCAAAGUAGCAGACGGUCGUUUUCUGUCUUCUGAUGUGAUGGAGUUUGUUAACAAUGUACCCUUGGGCCUUAAUUCAGCUAAGGUGGUAGUUGAGACGGCUUUUGAAAAAGAUGCAUUUCUUUGGAGACCGGCGCCGAAAAUGUAUACUAUUGGUCAGGCUGUAGGAGAAACAGUAGCGUGGCCUCAGGAUGAGGUUCUAGUUCUUGACGAUGAGUUCUCUUCAAAUGACAUUCCAAGUAAUGUAAGGUUUUCAUUACUCAUCUCAUUUUGAUCUUAAGUUUUUUUUCUAAUAUCUAUUAAUGUGUUUCCAAUGAUGGAUUUGUUUGUUUGUCAGAGCCCAGAGAAAAAAGAAAUGAACAAGUGCAAACUGCUACAUUGGCUAACAGAUGAUGAAGAAACAGUUGCUGAAGGUCGUUGGGAGAGUCGUGAUCCCGAAGCCUUGGUGGAUGGCCUUCCUCUUGGACCAAAUGCUGUUAAAGUAUAUGUGGAUGUGGUAACGGUAACGGAGACAUUUCUUUGGCGGCCAACAGAAAAACACUCAAACCUUCGCGACUGUUUGAAGACGUUUGUAGCAUGGCCAGUGAGCAGAGUUUUAUUCGAGAAUUCAGACACAGAGUCACCAACUACAGCUACUCCUCAUACGCACUCACAAGUUCACACUCCACCAGCUCCUGCUAAGAUUUCAAAAUCAUUUGCACAACCUCCUUCAAGUUCUCAGAAGGUAAGUGUAAGUGUAUUAGUAGGUAGUGAUCGUUGACCUGAUAAAGUUGCUAAUGGUUACAUAUUACUUACACUAUUUGACAUCGUUCUUUUAUACAGAUUGUGAAAGAGGGUCAGAAGUGCAAACUGUUGGAUAUUACCGGUGAAAAGUAGUUGUUGCAGAAGGACGCUGGUCUUCGAACAACCCUGAACAGUUAGUCCAUUUCGUUCCGUUGGGGAAUAAUGCAGUUCGUGUGUGGGUUGAUGUAGUGAAGGUGAAUGAUGCCAAGAUUUGGAGGCCAACGUCUGCAGUUGAGUGUAUGGAGGAUGCUGUCGGCACUACUGUAGCAUGGCCUGAAGAUAAAGUUGUCAUCGUUUGAGGUGGAAUAAGAACUGUAUGGUCUUCUACUUUCUUUCCUUUAGUAUUACUAAUGAACCUAUGGUAUUUGUGUGUUUUCUUUCAAACUUAAUUAUGACAUUGUAUUUCUAUUAUGGAGAAAUGAAAAUGGAUUCAGACUUUGUUUAUUUCUUUAUGAGAAUUUGCUGUAACAUGUGAUGGAUUUAUUGUCUGAAACUGUAUCCAAAAUAGAAGCUACAAUUCAUAUAUACAUAAUCAAAACCACAUCACCAAAUAGCAUCUAUGCAGAGCUACUACAACGUAAUUCAUGGCUACAUCAUAUAUCUAUUUUACAAAUAUACAUAACAGCAAAAAAAUGUUAUUAUACAAUUAUAUAUAACACGAAUUAGAUGUUAUUAUUAAGUUUAAUACAGCAAAAAAUAACAGUUGUUAUAUCAUUUCCUAUAACACGGAUAACGUGUUAUAAAUAUAAUUAAUACAGCGUUAGAGAACAGCUGUUAUAUAAUUUCUUAUAACACGAGUAAUGUGUCAUAAAUUGCAUUAAUACAGCAUAACCGUAACGCUAUUAUAGGUCACUCUACAAUAGCAUCAUUUCAAAACGCUAUCGUAUAUAGGUACCCUAUUAUAGCGUCAACUAUAAUAGCAUUUAUAAAACCGCUAUAAAAACCAUAUAAUAGCGUUAUCCGUAUGCUAUGAAAAGCCAUAUUUGUUGUAGUGAGGAUACAUACUCUACUCAAAUGAAGAAAACAAAUUUGAGCAUUUACACCUUUUCAAAAAAAAAAAUUGAUCAUUUACUUGUAACACUAAAAUGUGUCAUAUUGAUUGUAAAUGUUGUAUUUGUAAAUGUUGUAUAAGUCAAAGGUUAUAGUUGCUCUCGUGGUGUUGUUGUUUUCCAAGUAACAAUUAAGUCUAGUGACUCUAACUUUGUGAAUUUUUUAUGCCUUCAAGAAAUUGUCCUCCUGGCCAUUGUUGAUAUUCCAUCCGAGAGAAUCCAACAUUGGGUUACCGAUCUCUAGUUCUUUUUUUCCUAACAUGAUUUAACUAUAAAGCUAAAUAACAUUAUCAUACAAACCUUCAGCUGCUAUGUGAAGAUAUAUGAGACUUUUGUCGAUGCUGAUUUUAUGAAGAUAUUGUUGUAUUCCUCGUAUGUAAUGUGUUUCCAAGUUUUUUUCUUUUGUCAACGUGUCUCCAAGUUAUCAUUAGCAAAACAUCGUUCCAUAAGGUCGUUGUACUUGUGAGCGAUGCAGUGGACUCACUGGCAGUGGUUGUGGUUUGAUUUUCUUGUAGACGCGAAGAUCUGUUGUGGCUUUUUCAAAACCCGAAUUUCUCUCCAUGAUGAUCCACGAACUUGUUCCCAAAACCAAUGCCACUCGUGAAAUGAUCUCUACUUAAAUUUCCCUAUGCAUACCUUGAAGCUUUGAGAGUGGCAUUGAGCCAUGGUGUUAUCCGCAGUAUUGUCUUAGGUUUGUUAUUGUAGUUGGAUGAUUAGCUCUAUUUGAAAUUUGAAUAUGAAUAAGACUGGAUCAAUAGUUUUGUGGACCUUCGGGCAAAAGAAUUUUUAAGACCUUUAAACUAAUAUUACUUUAAAAUUUUGAAUAAAAAUAUAUUUAAACAAAAAAUAUUUGGUGAAAAUUAUGUGAUGAAAACAAAAAAUAUAUUCAAAUAAAAUAUUUUUGUACCCUUUUUUUUUUUAUAAAACUACAUAUAUAUAUAUAUAUAUAUAUUUUAAACUAGACUCAAAUGCAGGGAACAUCAUAUUGGACCUAUGAAAGUCACACCGUUUAUCCCCCACUUAAACCACCUUUAGAUGUGAAAAUGUGGAUUUGGGCUGACUAAUACUGUUUGGACCUAAGGGCAUUUGUGGUGCUACUUUUUGUUGUGUGAUUUUGUGUUCAUGUGUUUUCUAGGAGUGUUGUUAAAUAACUUUUUAGCAGAGGUUUCAGAGCAUUUCUAGUAUAUAUCUAUAAAUCUUUCUAUAAAAUAGAAAAAUAUAUUAUAGAAGUAUUGCUCCAAUUAUUGUAUACAAUGGAAAGUUUUUAAAAGAAUAUAUAUAGAAAAUAUUAUUUUUAUCUAUAUAUAUAGGAAUAAAAAUAACAUUUUCUAUUUUUCUAAAAAUAAAAAAAAAUAUA